GAUAUGGUAACGUGAAAAUUGUGUACCACAUUAAUACCGAGUUUGAACAAUUUGUUGAUUUCAUAUCGUCGAUUAUUUCAUGUAAUUUCUUGGCAUGGCCAUUAAAAAGAGCAAUGAACAACAAAUUUUCUCGAACAUUUGAUCGACGACUGUACAAGCUCGAUUCAAGUAAGAUCAGGCAAACCUACCCAAGCGAUGCGUUCCACGAAGGAAGCUACAAAGCUCAGAAUCGCAGUGGUCAUGGUCUGUUCCGGUGGUCGAAUGGAGCGUGCUAUGAAGGCGAGUUUAUCGACAAUAAGAGACACGGAGAGGGGAGACAAGAAUGGCCGGAUGGAUCGUCUUAUCAAGGACAGUUUCGGCAGGACGUACGAGAAGGUUAUGGUCGACACACGUGGUUUAAUGGGGAGAUAUAUGAAGGGACAUUUCUUGGGGAUAAACGACAUGGAAAUGGAACAUAUUAUUGGCCAAAUGGAACUCGAUAUGUGGGACAAUUCUACAAUGAUCUGAAAGAGGGAUUUGGGUGUUUCUAUUUCCCUGAUUUGAAAAGAUUCGAGGGAUUAUACAAAAAUAAUGAACGUAACGGCGCCGGAAUUUUGUCGUAUCGUGAUGGUCGACAAGACGUCGGCAUAUGGCUAGGGGAAAAACUUAUCAGGCUCUGUCAUGUUAUGGAAAACACUUUCCUCUUUCAACAUUUUUCUGAUUACUUUGUGAAUGCUGGCGAGAACGUACCAUUGAGAGUGAGAAGAGCAAACUCCGCCCUAGCUGAGGCCAGAACGAUUAAUGAAAUCCAAGAGAGAGACCGAACUCUUAAAUGUGUUAAUGAUGGAAACAGUAAUCAUUUGCUGCCCUUCAAGAGCCGAGUACCGCAAACUUUCUCACUAGUCGAUAUACUGGAUGGCGUUAAACAUCCAUCCCACGGUCCCAAAGGUCCUUGUGAGUUAGCUGGCGAAGAAUUUUUAGAAGUUUCCGGCAAAGGAGAUUGUAUACGAUUAAUUAGGUUGUUGGAACAAGGAUUAGUUCACGUUGAUGUGGCUGAUAAAACUGGCUUUACCGCCCUUCUUGCCGCUUCGGUAAAUUGUCACAAAGAUGUAAUCAACUGUCUCUUGGACUAUGGUGCGGACGUGAAUAAACUCAAUUACGAGGGGCUUUCAGCACUUGCCGCUUGUCACGUGCUAUUUUAUACGAAACACACGUGGAAAGAUAACAUAGGUGAAACGUUGGCAGAAGAAAAUCUAUUUAACAGCGUUUAUUGGAAUGCCCAAAAUGGGACAUUUGUUCAGAGAAAGCCUAUUUACUAUCAAAAGAAAACACGUUCUAAAAUUAAUGAAACCAAAGUGUGUUCUCAAUCACAUGUCGAAACAAAGUAUGAGUCGAACCGUGAGAAUGUGGUUGGUAAUUUAUUGCUUGAAAAAAUUGACCAAAAUUUAACGAACAAAAGUAACAACGUGGUAAGUUCAAACGUAGGUAAUACCGUUGCUUUAGACCCUGAAGAGCAUAUUAAGAAUCUUAGCCAACCUUACAGUCAGAGAAAAUCCCAAAACACGGGCGAAGAUGAACCUAAAGAGGAACACAAAAUGAAUGGCGUUUAUACUUCUAAUAUGGGUCGCGUUGAUUAUCAUAUUCCUAGCGAACCGCAAUCUUUGUAUUAUUUAAAAAGAAAUGGGAUUGAACCAAGUCAAACUGACAUUAGUCAAACUGACAUGAGCGUUGCGCAUUGGGUUGGAGUCGAAGAAGAAAAAUCAAUAAUUAACAUAACUGAUGUAAAGUCGAAUUCAAACUCAAAAAACCCGAGAAAACAGUCUGAAGUGACUGCGUCGGUGAUAGAGAACAAGGGGGACACACACACAGACGAAAAAGCCAAGUUGUCGUCUCAGCAAGGUUCUUUAAGUAUCAAAGAGUCUUUAGUUCAACAAUCAGAAAUUGUCGAUAAGAACGCGUUCAUUCACGUUUUUCUGCACAGGGCAGCUUCCGCCAGAUCAAACCGAGAUUCAUCCAUCUAUUACGAUAAUAUCGAUUCUAGCAAUGAGGGGACAUUUUCUGAUCCUUAUUACCAAGAUGGGAAUCAGUGCAAUUUAACUGAGGAUAAAAAUGCUGCUGAACGGAAGGAUGUUGAUCUUCCCAAAGUAAACAUUGCUGCACCUGAUACGCUAGAGUCUGUGCAGUAUAGCAUACAAAAUGCAAUAAGCAGCUCCCUGCAAACUGCAAACACAAUAAACGAUGACGAUAGUCUAAAAAGUGUGGAACAGAACAGGCAAAAGCUACUUACUCAACAAAGGCGUCCACAUUUAGAAGCAACCGUGCAGCUGCUUUUAAGGCGAGGUGCAAAUCCAAAUGCAUCAUCUUUACCAAUGCCCGUUCUCUUUUUUGCUAUCAAAGCGGCAGAUGCUCCUGCUGUCAAACUACUUUUACAGAAAGGCGCUAAUCCAAAUUCAAGACUGUCAAAAGAGAAACUUGGUAUAACGCCACUACAUAUUGCUGCUGCUUUGCCCUCUGAUGCUGUUUCUAUAACUAAACUGUUGCUCGAGGCUGGAGCUAAUCCAAAUUUAAGAGAUUUCGCUUUUGGGGACGCUGAAGACGGUCGAACUGCCUUACAUACGGCAUGCUGCAGAGAAGAUAACGACGAGGAUUCAAAUACUGUGAUAAGUCUACUACUGGAUUAUAAAGCUGAUCCUAACUUACUUUGUAAUGGUCAUUCAGCAUUGUCAUUGGUAAUUGCAAGUGGAAAUGACUUGGCUGUAGAUACUCUGCUCAAACAAAACGCAGAUCCGAGUCUAUCCUUAACAAACGGGGUAGGCUCAUCUCUGUGUGCGGCAGUCUCGUUUACUGCUGAAAAGCGACGAAAAAUUGUCGACCGUAUGCGUUUGGUAAACAAAUUAAUAAGAAGUGGUGCAAAUAUACUGGCUCCAAUAGUUAUCAACAAUGAUCAUCCUCCUGGUACUGUGGUGGAUUACGCGUACAAUGUCUUUCUUCAGGAUAGAAGGAUAGCUCACACGCCUUAUCAUGCAUUGACGCCUUACGAGAGAGAAAUAUAUAUCGCUCGCCGUAAGAUGCUUGAUCAUUUGGCCGAGCUACUGCGGACGCAUGUCCUGAAAAAAGAAAAAAAGUUGCUUGAGGAGCAGUUGUCUCGUGCCAAAGUAUUGCAAGAGGAAUCUAGUGAAGAAAUCAAAGAGGAAAACCUGGACCGAGCAGUGAGUUUUUAUUUUGAUGAGACACGAAAUCAACAAAGUAUUUCGGAACUUGGCUCCUCUUUUGACAAGGUAUCUAUUUACGAUGAAAGUCACGAAACCCUGUCGUGUUUUUCAUCAACUGACAGUCGUUUUCCAGACUGUGGUUUACGUGUCGCGGUCGUUCAGACAUCUUCUGAUCACAUGAGCGUUUCUAGACUAUCCAUUAACUCGACAAAGAACCGCCAAGUCUUUCGAAAAAAUCGCUUUCGCUAUUGCUAUGAGUGUGGUCGGUCAGUUGCAGUCCGGCUGGCGGCAUGCACGAGGUGUAAGGAAGUCUUCUAUUGUAGUAGGAACUGCAAGCUAAAGGCUUGGAAUUCGCGGCACAGGGAAGAAUGUGUCAGAUUAUCAGCAAGAAACAAAAGCUCUUUUUCUAAAAGAACAGACAGUCAAACCACCGUAGGCAAUGCACAUAAUGAAAAGGACGGUUUAUUAUCAAAUGCUUCGAAGGACACCAUUUUUAAACGACAAAAUUCCCGAAAUUGCUCUAAAAGCUCAAAGAACUCUCGUGCAAGGGCGCUAUCAAGUGUGCAUAAAAAGAGUAAAGAAAUUGUACAUUGAGAAGAAGCAUCGCAGGACGAU